AUGGCCUCAGCACCACCACCACCACACACCAUGGUGGUCUUCACAGUGCUGCCCCACCAGUCACCGCUGGAGCAGGUGUCAUGGCCCACCAAGGGAAGCUGCCGCCGCGCUGCCAGGUCCCCGUCCUCGCUCGUAGUAGUGAUUGAGCCUAGUGGAGUGGAGAAGGAGGAUGCUGCUCCGAGCUUCUUUCUGCGCGGC